UUUGCACUAUAUAUUUGCAGACUAGAAAGUAACUGAUGUUGGAAAAGAAAGUUGAAACCUGGCUAGCCACUGUACGUGGUGGAAAAAUUAAACCAUGUGGGAAAGUUAUUAAUCGUAAAAUGGAAAACUUUAAUCUCGUUAUGAGAAGUAUUUUAUUCAUUGGUGUCAACAUUAUAGUAAUUUCAAGAACCUCCGCUGAGGAAAUGGAGAAUCUCAUUUUACCCGGAAACUUGAAGAUCGGAGCUGCAGGUUCAGCCUACCAAGUUGAAGGGGCUUGGAACGUUAGUGGCAAAGGAGUAAGUAAUUGGGAUUGGUGGACGCAUCACUGUCCAGAAUGCAUAUUGGACCACCAAAAUGGUGACAUCGCUUGCGACUCGUACCACAAGUACAAAGAGGAUGUGGCGUUAAUGAAGAAUAUUGGGAUCCAAUAUUAUCGUUUUUCGAUCAGUUGGGCACGAAUUCUGCCAACUGGAUUUCUUAAUAACGUAAGUGAAGCUGGCCUUCAAUACUACAGAAACUUGAUAGAUGAACUUCUUUACAACGGUAUAGAGCCUAUAGUAACUUUGCACCAUUUUGACCACCCACAAAUACUGGAAUUCAUGGGUGGAUGGACCAACGAACUGAUGAUUAAAUGGUACGUUGACUAUGCAAGAAUUAUUUUUCAAGAACUAGGACCAAAAGUCAAAAUUUUCACAACUUUAAACGAACCUCAGUCAGUUUGCGAAGGAUACAAUGGCACUGUGUUCAGCCCUGGUGAAACUAUACCAGAUUAUGUCGGGUAUUACUUGUGCAUCCAUAAUGUUCUGAAGGCUCAUGCCACAACGUAUCACAUGUACGAUGACGAAUUUCGACCAUAUCAGCACGGUCGCAUUGGUCUGAACAAUAUCUGUGACGGGUAUUAUCCAGAUACGCCAAAUGACACUGUGUAUGCUGAAAGAGCUUUCCAAUUUACUUGUGGUUUAGUAGCACAUCCCAUUUAUAUCGGUGAUUAUCCAUCAAUUGUGAAAGAAAGAGUGGCCCUCGUAAGCAAGGCACUAGGUUAUCCGGAAUCACGUCUCCCCACGUUUUCACCAGACUGGAUAUCGUACAUAAAGGGGACAGCUGAUUUUUUCGCUCUGAAUCACUACUCGUCUCAAAUUGUAACGCCUGACACAGACGAAGCCCGUGGAAUAUAUAACACAGACCUGGGCGUAACGAUGAGUUAUCGCGAAAGCUGGCCCACUGGAUAUCUUUGCUACGUGAAGGUUGUUCCAGAAGGCUUCCGCAUGGUUCUGCAACAAAUUAAAACAUACUACAAUAACCCGGAAAUUAUGGUAACUGAAAUCGGCUUUCCUGACCGCGGUGAAUUGAAUGACUACAGCCGAAUCAAAUAUCAUCGAUCUUACAUGCAAGAGAUGAUCAAGGCUAUCAAGUAUGAUGGUUGUCGAGUAUCAAGAUACGUGGUGUGGAGUCUCAUGGACAAUUUCCAAUUGGAUGCUGGUUACGUAGCUAAAUUCGGACUCGUGAAAGUGAAUUUUGACAGCCCCAACAGGGAAAGGACACCUAAGUUGUCGGCAUACUGGUUUCAAAAAGUCAUUCAAACUGGUAUACUCCAAGAUAUUCCCACAUAUAUGCAAACAGAGCCUGAAGCAGAGUCAAGAGAAUGCCUGGACCGUUGAUAAGUAUAAGUUGUGUAUCUGAUCAGAUGAAUUAAGGAAAAGCCUUGGAGCAUAAUUAAAGCCACGCUUGGUUUUAAACUUGGAAAGAGUUACCUUGUGAAGGAAAAUGGAAACUUAAUUUUUUCAAGAACCCUCGCCGUCUAAGAACAACCAAAUUGCACGUCCAAAAUCAAACUGUAACAAGUAAAAAAAUCCUGUGUUUUCAAAACUGCCGUAAAAACUCAUGUAAUGCCAUUUAUAGUAGAAUUUGAAUAAAAGUUCAUGGGAAAACUUUUUUCCAGAUGUUACGGUUUUGUUCUAGGUAUGCGAAAUGUAAAUACAUCACUGAUAUAUAAAUUCAUGAAUUUCGCACA